AUGUACGAUAAAAGCUUUAUAUUUAUUUUCAUUACUAUUUCAAGUUUAGUAGUGUAUAGCACAGAACAAUGGAACUGUGAAGUCCAGUCAAGCCUGCCACCAGAUCCUGCUACAGGCUGCUGUGGCCAAGAUAUUUCUGGUAUUCAAAGAGUAGAGGAUUCCAAUCUGCUGACAGAACUAGUAGAACGCCUCAACGACAAUAUUUUAACAUGUUACAAAGGACAAGCCCCGUAUGCCUUGAAAAGUACACAACGGAUGACAAGAUGGAGGCACCAGAAUUUACAAGCGUUGCUUAAAUUAUUUGAUCUCCAAGAUCUACUUACAAGGAAUAAUUAUAGACGCUCCUCAAAUAAAAGUGCUUCAUUUGAAGAUGGGAUCAUCCCCAGUCGUAGAAUUGCAGGAGGUACAGAGACGGAGUUCAAGCAGUUCCCUUGGAUAGUAUAUAUAGAAACACUUUUCAAUCCCGCCGAUGGAUGGAGACAGUUAGCUUGCGGUGGUUCACUAAUUAGCACGAGAUAUGUUCUUACUGCAGCGCAUUGUAUUCAUAAUGACACUGUGACUAUGAAUACCACUCGAGUCACACUUGCUCAGUAUAAUUUAAAAACCUUUCCUAAAGACUGUAAAUUUGUAAUGGGAGAAGAACAAUGUGUGGAAAAUAUAUUAAUAUACGCAGAGGAAGCUAUAUAUCAUCCAAACUAUUACAGAGAUUACCUUUAUCAUGACAUAGCACUUCUACGACUGCGCGAACACGCUCCAUAUACUGAUUUUAUUCGACCUAUAUGCCUCCCAACUUUUGAUAUAGACCAGCCAGAGUUUGCUAACUUGCCUCUACAAAUUGCUGGUUGGGGUAAAACCGACCCACAGGGAAUCGGACCCGUGUCUAUCGUAAAGCGCCAAGCUGUUGUCAAUUUAAUACCAAACAAUGAAUGCAGGAACAUCUAUUCGUCUAUCGAUGCGUUUCCUGUAAUAAGAUCGCAAUUAUGUACAGUAGCGAGAAAUGGCCAAGAUUUUUGUGAAGGGGACUCUGGAGGCCCUUUAAUGUUACUGUACAAGGAACAAUCAAAUUGUGCAGCACAGUGGGUGCCGCCAGAUCCUGCUACAGAGUGCUGUGGAAAAGAUUUAUCUGGAGUCUAUAGAGUUGAGGAUCUGCAAAACUUACUACCAAGAAAUAAUCUUAAUAGACACAAACAUUCUACAAACGAUAGCGCUUUGUUUGAAAGUGAGAACAUCAGUCGCAGAAUUACAGGAGGCACCGAUACUGAAUUGGACCAAUUUCCUUGGGUAGUAUAUAUAGAAACAUAUUUUGAGCAAAUACUACGCACUUGCACUGGUGCACUAAUCAGCGAUCUAUACAUUCUUACAGCAGCUCAUUGCGUUCACGAAUAUGGACUGAAUUUAGUUGGCAUUCAAGUCAGUCUCGCUGAAUAUGAUCUAAAGUAUUUUCCUAUAGAUUGUAAGUAUGUGAUGGGAGAGAACCAACAAUGUGUGGAAAAUAUAUUGAUGUAUGCAGUGGACUCCGGUUAUCAUUCACAGCACGAUGGCGGACACCUUUCUUAUGAUAUAGGAAUUAUUAAACUUCGUAGUUACGCUCCAUAUACUAGAUUUAUUAGACCUAUAUGCCUCCCACCGUUCGAUGUAGAUAGGCCAGACUUUGCUAACCUGCCUCUACAAGUUGCUGGUUGGGGUAAAAUCAAUCCAUAUGAUAACGGCUACGGCCUAAAACUGUCUACUGUUGUGAACUUAGUACCACAUGAUGAAUGCAGGAAUUUCUAUAAUGAUUUUUUGUUAAGAUCACAACUGUGUGCUGUUGGGAGGGCUGGCCAAGAUCCCUGUCCUGGUGACUCUGGUGGGCCAUUAAUGUUACUGUACCGAGAACAAUCAAACUGUGAAGUCCAGUCAAGCCUGCCACCAGAUCCUGCUACAGGCUGCUGUGGCCAAGAUAUUUCUGGUAUUCAAAGAGUAGAGGAUCUCCAAGAUCUACUUACUAGGAAUAAUUAUAGACGCUCCUCAAACAAAAGUGCUUCAUUUGAAGAAGGAAUCAUCCCCGGUCGUAGAAUUGCAGGAGGUACAGAGACGGAGUUCAAGCAGUUCCCUUGGAUAGUAUAUGUAGAAACACUUUUCAAUACCGCUGAUGAAACUAAUAACAUAAGAACUGAGUGCGGUGGUUCACUAAUUAGCAGAAGACAUGUUCUUACUGCAGCGCAUUGUAUUCAUAACGACAGUCUGACUAUGAAUUCCACCCGAGUCACACUCGCUCAGUACAAUUUAAAAACCUUUCCUAAAGACUGUAAAUAUGUAAUGGGAGAGGAACAAUGUGUCGAAAAUAUACUAAUAUACGCAGAGGAAGCUGUAUAUCAUCCAAACUAUCUCAGAGAUAAUAUUUAUAAUGACAUAGCACUUCUACGACUUCGCGAACACGCUCCAUAUACUGAUUUUAUUCGACCUAUAUGCCUACCAACUUUUGAUAUUGACCAGCCAGAGUUUGCUAACUUACCUCUACAAAUUGCUGGUUGGGGUGUUACCGACCCACAGAAUACCGAGUCUGUCGUAAAACGCCAAGGCGUUGUAGGUUUAGUACCAAAUAAUAAAUGCAGGAAAAUUUAUUCGUCUAUUGAUGCGUUUCCUGUAAUAAGAUCGCAAUUAUGUACAGUAGGCCAAGAAGGUUGUUCAGGUGACUCUGGAGGCCCUUUAAUGUUACUGUACAAGGGUCAAUUUAAUUGUGAAGCACAGUGGGCACCGCAAGAUCCUGCUACAGGGUGCUGUGGGCAAGAUUUAUCUGGUGGCUUCCGAACAGAGGAUCUCCAAAAUUUACUUCCGUCAAACAGACGCUCUUCAAAUGAUAGUGCUCCAUUUGAAGGUGGAAUCAUCCCCAGUCGUAGAAUAGCAGAAGGCACAGACACUCAGCUUGGCCAGUUUCCUUGGAUGGUGUUUCUCGAAUCACAUUUUGAUCAAACAAUAAUUAUUACUUGCGGUGGUUCACUGAUCAGCCAAAUGUAUAUUCUUACAGCAGCUCAUUGCGUUCACGAAGAGGGACUGACUUUAGUUGACAUUAAAAUUACAGCAGCUGAGUACGAUUUAAAUACUUUUCCUACAGAUUGUAAGUAUGUAGCGGGGAACCAGCAAUGUGUGGAAAAUAUAUUGAUAUAUCCAGAGAACGUUGUAUAUCAUCCACAGCAUUACAAACAACUACUUCAUAAUGACAUAGCACUUAUAAAGCUACGUAUUAACGCCCCAUAUACUGAAUUUAUUCGACCAAUAUGCCUCCCAUCCUUUGAUAUAGAUAGACCAGAUUUUGCCAACCUGCCUCUACAAAUUGCUGGUUGGGGUCAAAUCAAUCCAUAUUCAAAAGGUUCCGGCAUAAAACUGACUACUGUCGUAGGUUUAGUACCAAAUGAUGUAUGUAGCAGUUAUGUCGGUUAUUUGAUAAAUUCACACAUAUGUGCAAUCGGGGCGGCUGGCCGAGAUCAAUGUCCAGGUGAUUCUGGUGGACCCUUAAUGUUACUGUACAGGGGUACUUAUUAUCUUGUCGGUAUUGUUAGUGGUAAGAAUGUGGAUACCUAUUGUGGUUCGUCAGUGCCAUCCGUCUAUACAAAUGUAUUCAAAUUUUUACCUUGGAUAAAGAUGCAGUUAGGAAUU